GAUCAACGUUGAAACUAACCGCGUACAGUGCAGCACUCCCGUCGUUGAGAGAGAGCGGGUUGAACGGGUUGAGGCGUCGCUUUUCACAUCCAACCUCAUCAGCACCAGAAUCCCGGACCGCUGGGAGGAAGCAGUGAUUCUCCGACUCUUAGAAAUUCGCCCCUAAACAUGUCCGUGGGUAGUGACUUUGGUAACCCCUUAAGAAAAUUCAAACUGGUCUUUCUGGGGGAGCAAAGCGUUGGGAAGACGUCUCUGAUCACGAGGUUCAUGUAUGACAGCUUUGACAACACGUAUCAGGCCACAAUCGGAAUAGACUUCCUUUCCAAAACCAUGUACUUGGAAGAUCGGACGGUGAGGCUGCAGCUGUGGGACACGGCAGGACAGGAGCGCUUCCGCAGCCUCAUCCCCUCCUACAUACGAGACUCCACCGUAGCUGUGGUGGUGUACGACAUUACCAACCUGAACUCCUUUCAACAGACGUCCAAGUGGAUUGAUGAUGUCCGAACAGAGAGAGGAAGUGAUGUCAUUAUAAUGCUUGUUGGCAACAAAACAGACUUGGGUGACAAGAGACAGAUCACCAUAGAGGAAGGAGAACAGCGGGCCAAGGAGCUGAGCGUCAUGUUCAUUGAGACCAGUGCCAAGACAGGCUACAACGUCAAACAGCUGUUCCGACGCGUGGCGUCAGCCCUUCCCGGGAUGGAGAGCAUGCAGGAGACGAGCAAAGAGGGAAUGAUUGACAUCAAGUUGGACAAACCGCAGGAGCCUGCAACUACUGAAGGCGGGUGCUCCUGUUAAUCCCAACUCCAGAUUGGGCGUCUUCAUCCACACCACGUGCUUGUUGUGUUGCUUCCUAUUGGUUAGCCUCCAGUUAAGUUUUCAGAUUGGAAUUUGGCCUUUUUAUCUGAAUGUUGGUCAUCAGUUGGAAACUAGCUACAUACAUUUGAGUUGUAAAAUAGUGUACUUUAUUAACGAAAUUGCCAAAAAGUCUUAAAAAUUCACAAAAUGAUUUACAAAAAUCAUGAACAAAAAUCCCAAACGUGUACAAUACUUUUUUUUGGAAAAAAGUAGAACGGUAGACUUUCUUUUUAUUUUGUAUUUUUGUAUAAUGAAAGGAAACGCUCUGAAAUGAGGCAGAUGAAGUUGUUCAAUAAUUUACAGCCCAAAUUGCACCCUACAACCUUUAUAGUGCACUCAUCGUAACUAUUGUCCUAUGGGCUCUGGUCAAACGUUGUGCACUAUAAAAGGCAUAUGGUGCCUUUGUGAUGAGAGGAAUGAACUAGAUUGGGAUGGGCAAUCCAAUGGCUGGAGAGAGGGAGAACUGCCCAGUAACGUUUGACUGAGUAUCUAAUGCAUGCAUGCCAACUGUUCCUUAUUUCAGUGCUUGUGCCCUGUCUGCUGUUGUACACAGUCUGUAUAUCUAAAUGCUCUUAACUUACACACGUGACUUAACGUACUCUGAAAAUAUCAUAUUAUUUACUUUUUUUUUUUCACAAAAUGCUGUGAGUGACAUUGGAUUUGUAUACUUGAGUUUACUUUAGACCAUCUUUCGUUGUCCACAGUGUGCCCCUUGGUGUAAGUAAAUGUACACUUACACUUUGGCAACUGUGGAAUGCAGCCAUUCAUAGGAGGGUGAAUUGCCAAGCAUUGUCCUCACCGAAGUCCAUGUUCAUGCUGCCAAUUCCACCAGCUAGUUACCACUGCUGUAUCUACGGUUACCAUUGCUGUAACUAGCAGUUUACCACUGCUUGUAACUUGCUAGUAACCAGUACUGUGGCUAGCUAGUUACCCCUGCUGUAGCUAGCUAGUUACCCCUGCUGUAGCUAGCUAGUUACCCCUGCUGUAGCUAGCUAGUUACCCCUGCUGUACCUAGCUAGUUAUUACAGCUGUGCCUUGCUAGUUAUUUUGGCUGUACCUAGCUAGUUACCACUAUGGUGGCUAGCGUGGUUUUCUCAUUCUCCGUGCGGUGUUUCUGUCUCAGGCUCUCUCUGCUCGCUGCCACCUCAUUCUGCUUACUGCUUCCACACUGUGUCAUACUAUCACUAUUAUGGAUCUGCUCCAAAUCGCAGCUUACUCCCUAUUCAGUGUACCAGUUUUGACCAGGCCUGGUUCAAAAGUAGUGCAUUACGCAUGGAAUUAUUGGGAUUGAUUUGGGAUGUAUACACUGUAAAUGAGCAGUGUGGAGAGAAAGCAAGUGUGCAAAAUAGAAGCUGUCACAUCACCUCCUAUACAGGAACUCAUCUUCUCCAUAAGGUUCCUGUCAGUCUGAUCAUGUGGAAAAUGCUAAUUAUUAUUAACAUCAUAAGAGUUCAAAGAGUACCCUCAUCUUACCCAGAGUGUCCAGCUGUUUGUGCUGUUUUUCGAACUCCAUGUCACUCAUCGUCGUGCCAAUAGACUUCAAUAGAGUUGGCGAACACAAAUCAGUCUGGCCUCAGGCUAGACUGGUAUCUGGUGAAGGCGUGAACAUAAAUUACACAUUCCUGUCAAACAAUCAGUGAAGAAAAUAAUGAUUUGCACAUGAAGACCUGGCAGGUUAUCAUGAAGUUCCUCAUAUGUAAAUAUAAUCUAGAAUGUUUAUUCAAUGACUGCUUCAUUGCCAUUCAAAUGAUGUCAUACUAUGAUUGGUCCACUUCCCACAAUAUUAUAAUUAACUUCUUUGCUGCCUGUGUUUCGGCUGUUUUAAAAAGUUACUACUACUGAAGUUGCCAUUAUGCAAUGUUUGCUUUUUUAUAGGUUCAUAGUGGAUGUCGAUUAAACCGAAUUAAUCUGGUCCUGUUUUUAGCACCAGGUGACUUACUGUUCUGGUAUUGUGUUUAACCAUUGAUCAGAACAAAUACUGCUUUUAUUUUGAAAUGUUAACUUUUAUUUAAUUUUUUCAUGUGAUACUCUUAUUGCACUUUUUAAGGACAUUCGUUUGUGAGUUUGUGGAAAUCUAGUCUUGUAGUCUUACAAAUCACUGUAAAGGUUAGUAUUAAAGUUUAGUGUAAAGUUAAACAUUUGUGACUAUCUUGUUCAUGCAUCUCCUAAAAAGAGAAGCACACCCUAUACUGGUGAAACAUUCGGUCCUAACCUGCCUAAUGAGCCAAAAACAAGUCAAGUUGGAGGCAAUGAGCGAUUCCAGAAUAGACCUUUUCUGGACCAUCUCUCUUCUUAGAGGACUGUAGAAUUGUAAAAACGACAGUUGAAUCCCAAAUGUCAGAAGACCCAGAAAAAUUCCUCAAAGUAAAUAAACCUCUCAAAGCUGCUCUAUUGCCUGAACUGGGUUAUAAAACAAAUAUACAUUUCAUAUGUGCAGACAGGACUAUACAUUUCCAAAUGAUGAUACUCCUGAGAGAAACAAAGAGUAGCAGAGACAUACAGGAACUAAGGAGUAGAAUAGCCCCCAGUCAGCCAAGAGGCACCCAAUGAAGAACAAUUCACCUACUUAAUCAUACUCUCAGAAACCCAGCACCAAAACUAGAGAAUGUUUUAGACAGUAGUAGGCCAGCGUGAAAUUGUGAAACCACAUCAUUCUUACCUUCUGAGGUAUUCUUCUGUCUCACUCUUUCUAUGACUCUGGUGCCUAGGAAUGUAUUGCUUUCAAUGUGCUGACUCACUGGAGACUGUUGAUAUGUAAGGGAAGGGAAGGGGGGGGGGGUAUUUAUUGAUUAAUUGAUUGACUGAUUAAUUAAUUGAUUAAUUAAUUGCCAUGUACACUUGUUGGUAUCUCUGUUGUUGUUGUUUUUUUUGUCAAAGAUGUGGGUAUAGCACUCUUUCAUUCCCCACUGUAAUGGAGUCGGUGUCACAAUUCUGAGGUAGAACCAUGUUUUAAUAGCUGACGGAACCAUGUCCAGAUGCUGACGGGACCAUGUCCAGAUGCUGACGGGACUGCCACGUCGCGUUAGUGUGGAGAUAAUAUCAUGUCCCCAAAGGAACCCUGAUCCCAGGCGUGGCGCACUGUUUCUACCUGGGGCCAUUGUUAAUGCUCCUGAACAAAAUGUGUGUACCGUACAGGGUGUCGUGGAUGGGAUGCACUGGUGUGUUGUGCCGAGUUGAGACUGGAGGCCCUUGAUUGGGCUUGCUGUACUGUGUAUCCUAUAGUCUGUCUGCAAUCACAGCUCUGGGAAGGUGAAUGUAGGACUUGUGUAGAAAUACAACCUAUAGAAGGGACCUAGCCACUCUUUGCUCCCUGCGCCUGUCUGCCAGUCCACCCUUUAUGUCAUGAUUGAGGUGAAUGGAGAGGCCCCUUCUACAGAUUUCACUUCUUACAAAAAGACCUGGUUUGUUAGGCUAUUGGAGCAGAGCUGGCUCUCCAUUCCCACUGUAUAGAGAUCUAGCAUGUCUUUCCAAAACCAUCAAUAAACACGUCUUAUUACCUGA